AAAAUAAACUAUGAAAGUAGUGGGGGAAAAGUGAAGGGAAUAAAAAUAAGGAAAGGGAGAAGAAUCCCAAGUACACAUUUAGCUGCCUGCACACCGCACCGGCUCCGCAGAGGAGAGAGAGAGAGAGGCUCUGCGGCGGCAGGAGGGAAGCUGAAGCUGAAGCUGCGGCGGCAGGAGCCGCAGUAGAAGAAGGAGCCACCUACAUGUCUCUAUCUCCUAUCUGUCCAUCUAUUAUAUAUAUGCAGAUCAGAGCAAGAGAAGCGGUGUAAAUCUCGUGAAGAGGAGGAGGUAGGAUCGAGGCAGCUCCAGUCUUGGUGUUUCCUGUUCCUGCCGCAUCCGGUCCUCCCAAGAACAGUUGCGGGAAUGGAUCUCUGCAACAAGGGAGAGGACAUGUCGCUGCAAGGCGGGGACUCCUGCCUCGCGCCCCGCGCUUUGCGGGGCCGCUGCGAGCCGGAGUCGCAGUGGGCAGAGGGGCUCCUCGGCGGCGCUGGCCACAAGCGACACUCGCCGGAAGACUCCGAGGAGGAGGUCCAGGACCUGGACGAGGCCGACGGCUGCGGAGGUGGCAAGCGUAGCAAGCCGUCGUCCCCGCAGCCGCACACCCCUGAUAUCCGUGAGGCGCAUGCCCCCUGCCGCCGCCGUGCGGUGGUGGCCGGCGGUAGGGGUAACCUCAUAGGGGAAAUCGGCCGUGACCUGUCCAUCAACUGCCUCCUCCGGCUGUCCCGGUCGGAGUAUGGCUCAGUGGCUUUGUUGAGCCAGGAUUUCCGGUCUGUGGUGCGUGGAGGGGAGAUCUACCGGCUGCGGCGGCAGAAUAAUAUCUCUGAGCAUUGGGUGUAUUUCUCCUGCAAUGUUUUGGAGUGGGAUGCAUAUGACCCGUACCGUGAGCGCUGGAUCUCGGUGCCCAAGAUGCCGCCUGACGAGUGCUUCAUGUGCUCAGACAAGGAGUCGAUGGCUGUGGGCACCGAGCUGCUCGUGUUUGGGAUGGCACACAUUGUCUUCAGAUACAGCAUACUGACAAACUCUUGGACACGAGGCGAAGUGAUGAACUCGCCUCGGUGUCUGUUUGGGUCAGCAAGUGUCGGGGAGAAGGCAUAUGUUGCUGGCGGCACUGAUUCUCGUGGCAGGAUACUCAGCUCAGCAGAGCUAUACAACUCCGAAACACAUUCAUGGAUGCCCCUCCCUAGCAUGAAUAGGGCACGAAAGAAUUGCUCUGGGGUGUUCAUGGAUGGCAAGUUUUAUGUUAUAGGUGGCGUGACCAACAACAACAAGGUCUUGACCUGCGGUGAAGAGUAUGACGUACAGAGCCAGUCUUGGAAGGUGAUUGAGAACAUGUCUGAGGGUCUCAAUGGAGUGAGUGGUGCACCCCCACUUAUUGCAGUUGUGAAGAAUGAGCUGUACGCAGCUGAUUACAGCGAGAAGGAUGUGAAGAAGUACGAUAAGCAGAAUAAUAAAUGGAUCACACUUGGUAAAUUGCCAGAGCGAUCUGUGUCCAUGAAUGGCUGGGGUCUUGCAUUCAGGGCAUUUGGUGAGAGGCUGAUUGUCAUUGGUGGCCCAAGAACUUCCGUUGGGGGCACGAUUGAGCUCAACUCCUGGAUCCCGGAUGACAAGCCACCUGUGUGGAAUUUGAUUGCCAGACGGCAAUCCGGGAACUUUGUGUAUAAUUGUGCUGUGAUGGGCUGCUGAGUUCACUUGAUCAAGGGGUCAGCACAAUGAUGUUUACAAAGAGAGGUAUGCACCAAGGCAGGCCUGUUUAGCUUCAUCACUCAUUCUUCAUCAUGAGUUUCUGCCUUGGACCUGGUAGCUGAUUUAUUUGUCAUCAGCAGAGCAGCAGCAGGAUCUUGUAACCCUUGAGUUCAUACAUCUGUUUUCACCCCAGCUAAUCCAUUUCUUCAUUUACAUUUGGAUCAAUCUCGUGAUUUAGAAGAUGAUACCAUGCAAACAAAUGUCGUACCAAUAAUCUAGAAGCAUCAAAUUUCAGAGGCUUUUCAUCAUUGAUGAUGAUGAAGCAAGUUAUUUGAAUAGUAUUCAAUUGUCUAUGUCUGCAACAAAGAAGUGACCAUCAGUUUAUGCACGCAUUCCAAAUUUUUGAUC